UUUUUUUUGUCUCCUCGAUUAUUCUCCAUUUUCACGGUGUUCUUCCAUCUCACGUGCGUAACAUGGCACCUAUCAUCGUGAAAAUCCGUGGCAAUAAGCCGUUUGCACCGUUUUCACAGAUGGAUUCGGAAGACGACCUUUGUAAAACAUGGCGUGUAUGUACGAAAAUCCGAGAUUCGCUGGAAAAUGGUUCACGACUGGAAAAUCUGUCAUGGCGACUAUGGUUUCGCAAUCACGUCUCCAAGGAAUCGGCUUUCCGUCGAUUGACCAAAGGUAUCACCACGCAACUUGAACGUCACCCUUCCAUUGGUUCAACGACACAAUUACCACCUUCGGUCAUUCAAGCGACAGCUAUUUUAAGAGCGAAAACAACCCCUUCGACUACAGCCACGACGGUGUCCCGCACAGAGGAUGUGAUGGUUCAUCCGGCACAGCCUCCGUUACAGUUUUCUCAGCCUACCUUGGACUAUUACACCCUCUCGCAGUUCACUUCGGAUCAAGCCAAUGAUCCACCCAUUAAAAUGGAAGACAUCUUUGGCGCCUUGUCGGAUAUGCAAACUUAUCUUCCACCCCAACCUUCCCAACCGCCUCACCCAUCCGUCGCGCAACCUUCGCAACCGCAAACACAAAACAAUGAAACAUGGCACAUGGAUUAUAUGUCGAAUUCCGACGUGGUCUAUACCCCUCACCAACCACAGUCCAUGCUUUCUUCGAGUGUUGUACAUACACCCAUCAACGACCCAUCGUCAGAUCAGAUGAAUCAGACUGUAAACUAUAAUAUGUCCUUGUCGAUGCCUUCCAGUCCACUUUUGUAUGGUCACCCUUUCUCCGCAAGUCAACCUCAAACCCCUAUCACCGAAUCUGAAGCAAUUUACGGUUCUUCGGCCGACAAUCUAGCAUCGACUUCUGAUUCAAUUUUUGACACCAGUCUGUAUGAUGAAACCGAUACCGCGCAACGCCCUUACUAUCAUCCUGUCCCCAUGUUUUCCUCCAGCACCGCAUCGGUCGCCUUGUUCGAUGAAACCCAAUUUGGUAAUCUGAAUAUGACCCGACGGCCGGUUUACUAUGAAGAAUCGUCCACUCCACAACAACCAAACUCAUCGUUUCACGAUCCCACCAUGCAACUAGACGAACGUUUAUCGACCUCUACUUUGGCGUCCCCUUACGGCGAUAGUCAGUUGAAACAGGCCGAAACCGAUUUGAUGGAAAGUCAAUUUCCACAACCGGUGUGUACCAAUUGUGGUGCCACCUCGACUCCAUUGUGGCGAAGGUCACCGGACGAUGAUCUCUUAUGUAACGCUUGCGGAUUGUACCAAAAAUUGCACAAUGCACCUCGCCCCAAAUCGCUCAAAUCCAACAGUACCCGUACCAGUAUACGAGAAGAAGAAAACUCACAAUUGGUAUGCUCCAAUUGUGCCACGAUGAAAACUCCGUUGUGGCGGCGCGAUGAAGAAGGUGCUCCUCUUUGCAAUGCCUGUGGACUAUAUUUAAAACUUCAUCAUGAACGUCGCCCAUUAUCGAUGAAAACGGAUGUCAUCAGAAAGCGACAACGCCACGAACCGGGAGGUGGCAAUGGUCGAAAGAUACUUGCAAAGAAACUGAAACUCGAAGGAAAACUCGAUGCUGCCAAUAUCACGACGCCGGAACCGUCGCCUUCACCGGAUGCACAAGUGAUGAUGCGACAACAAUACUUUACAGAAAAUGAUGUCUGCGGCACUCCCAUGGGUUACACUAGCCCAUUCGCGUUUCCCUAAACAACCCUACCUGUUCCGGUGUAAUUCCUUUUUUUGGCUUACCAUUUCUUUACUCUCUUGUACUAUAAUAAUUGUGUAUAUCCCAUGUUCUACUUCCCCAAAUCUUGUAAUUCAUUUUCUAUGUAUCAUGGUAUUUCCAGUUACGCGCUCUUCCAUCUCCUCUCCCCAUCUUUUGAAAUUUUAACUCGCCUAUAGCAACCACUCGCAUUACAUUUCCUUUAAUUCAAUUCAUCCCACCUCUCUACACAUCCAUAGAACAAUGCUCUUUUUUUUUUCACCGCAGCUUCUGCUUGAUUUGAUUCCGACGUGGGUAAAAUGUCUGUUUCCGUUGUAAAUCACAUGGGUUGAUGUUGUUGUGGACGGGACAAACAGCGCAAUUCAAACAUUGGUUAAUG